AUGCGUGGCGAAAUUUGCCAUCUUCACAUCGGGCAGGCUGGAACCCAGCUCGGAAACAGCGCCUGGGAGCUGUACCUGCUUGAGCACGGCCUCAAGUCGGACGGCCGUCCUGACCCCGAUGCGAAGGAGCUCAACGAGGGCGGAUCUUUCGAGACCUUCUUCACCGAGACUGGAGGCGGCAAAUACGUCCCGCGUUCCAUCUUUGUCGAUUUGGACCCGUCUCCUAUUGACGAGAUCCGAACUGGACCCUACCGCCAGUUGUUCCACCCCGAGCUGUUGAUCAGCGGCAAGGAGGAUGCUGCCAAUAACUACGUGCUGACAUACGCAGAUGCUCGUGGUCACUACACCAUUGGCAAGGAGAUGGUCGACAGUGUCAUUGACCGCAUUCGUCGCGUCGCUGAUAACUGCCUCUUCCCUUUCAGGGGUUUCCUAAUCUUCCACUCUUUCGGUGGGUGGUACAGGGUUCUGGGUUUCGAGUGCGCCUCCUCCUUGAGCGCCUCUCCGACCGACUUACUGCAAAGAAGUGCCAAGCUCGGAGUUCGCCCGGGUAUCCCGCUCCUCGCGUUUCCACCUCCGUCGUCGAGCCACUACAACGCUGUCCUCUCGACUCACAGCACCAUCGAGAACUCCGACUGCACGUUCCUUGUCGACAACGAGGCUGUCUACGAUAUCUGCCGUCGCAGCUUGGACAUCCCCCGUCCCAACUAUGAGCACCUCAACAGGUUGAUUGCUCAGGUUGUCAGCUCCAUUACCUCCAGUUUGCGCUUUGACGGAGCUCUCAAUGUCGACUUGAACGAGUUCCAGACCAACUUGGUGCCAUACCCCCGUAUUCACUACCCGUUGAUCAGCUACGCACCCGUCAUCUCGGCCAAGAAGAGCUCUCACGAGAGCUUCAAGGUCAGCGACCUUACCUUCCAAUGCUUUGAGCCCAACAACCAGAUGGUUGUCUGCGACCCGCGCAACGGAAAGUACAUGGCCGUCGCCCUUCUGUACCGCGGAGACAUUGUUCCCCGCGACUGCAGUGUCGCCGCUGGUCAGCUCAAGGCCAAGUCUUCCUUCAACCUGGUCGAGUGGUGCCCUACUGGUUUCAAGCUUGGCAUCAACUACACCAAGCCCAUCAGCGUCCCUGGAAGCGAGCUCGCUGCCGUCGACCGAAGCGUUUCCAUGCUUAGCAACACCACUGCUAUCGCCGAGGCCUGGUCGCGUCUGGACCACAAGUUCGAUCUCAUGUACUCGAAGCGUGCUUUCGUUCACUGGUACGUGGGUGAGGGUAUGGAGGAAGGAGAAUUCUCCGAAGCUCGUGAAGAUCUUGCAGCACUGGAGAAAGAUUACGAAGAGGUGGCCAGUGAUUCCCUUGAUGACGAGGGCAUCGAAGAGGGCGAGUACUAAGCUUUAUACCAUCGUUGCAAGCGACUUGAACAAUUUUUUGGGUUUGCUAUGCGGACUCGCAGCGCGAUGUUUUCAAGAUAAUAUAGUUACAUUCGCACAUUGCUGCACUUCGGUGCUAGUUUGAUAGGAAUGCAUAAUUUUGUGGAA